AUGGGUAAAAAACUAAAUGGUAAGAAAAAGCCUAGUACAAAAGGUGAUGGGAUUGGCUUAAAUAAUAGAAAUAAUCAAAAAUUUACAGUAACAACCAAAUCAGCAUUAAAACCGAAAUUGAAAAAGUCUUAUUCGAAUAGUUCUAAUGAGUCAAAUAUAAAACAAAUACCCCAGCAUGAGCCUCAAGAUGAGCCUGUUAGACAAAGAUCUAACACAGUUUUGAGUUAUUUAUUUAGUCAUAUAUCAGCUGGUAAUAGUCAACAAAAAAAUGGUUUUUCAUUAUACAAAUUGUUGUUAUUGGAACUCAAUCUACCGUCUUUUAGUGCAAAUGACGAGUACCUGUCUUUGGAAAAGAAAUCUUUUGUUGAUGCAACCGACGCAAAUUUGACAAAUCAAUCUUAUGAAGAACUUAUAAAUAUGAUGAGAAUACCUUAUUACUUAGAAAAAUAUAUGUUUUUCGGAUUAUUAAUAUGCUUUAAUUCCUUUUUAACUUUAUUUACUUUGGUACCAUUGAAAAUUUUGACAGUUUCAUCAAUAUCAUUUGUCAAUUAUGUUAGAAAACCUCAUAUGAAAUUUGUAAUACUAAAUGGAUUAAAUUCAAUUAGAAAAGAUAUUAUAAGUUUGAGUCUAAUCAUAAUUUCAUUAACUUGUCUUGUUUUUGGGAAUUUAGACAUUUCGAAGAUGUAUCAUGAUGUUAGAGGUCAAGCUGAUAUUAAAUUAUAUGUUAUGUUUGGAGUUUUAGAAGUUGCAGAAAAAUUAUGUUCAUCAAUAGGACAAGACCUAUUAAAUAUUUUGUUUCAAAUUCAAAUCACGAACAACAAGUAUGAAAAUUUCAGAUUUUUAUUAUUUUAUAUCAUUUCCACCAUGUAUUUGAUCUUUCAUUCUUAUAUUUUAAUUUAUCAAGCAGUUUCAUUAAAUGUUGCAGCCAAUUCUUAUUCCAAUGCUUUAUUAACUUUAUUAUUAUCAAAUCAAUUUUCAGAAUUAAAAAGUUCAGUUUUUAAAAAAUUAGAUAGAGAAGGAUUAUUUCAAAUUACAAUGGCAGAUUUAUCAGAAAGAUUUCAAUUAUUAAUGAUGUUAUCAAUAAUUGCUAUAAGAAAUUUAUUUCAAUUACAAUCUGUUAAUGGUUUAAUUCCUACAAGUUGGGAGAAAUGGAAUAUUUGGAUUGGUGCAAUAUUUGGUCCUGGAGUAGUAGUUAUUGGUUCAGAAAUCUUUGUUGAUUGGUUAAAACAUUGUUUUAUUUCAAAAUUUAAUAAAAUUAAUUAUAAAAUCUAUAAAAAAUUUCUUUAUGUUUCAUGCUUAGAUUUUUUACAAGUGUUUAAAAUUAAUUCAAAAAAUGAUAAUAGUGUUUCAAGUCAUGAAUUUUCAGAUUAUAUUAUUUUGACUAGAAGAAUUGGAUUACCUUUAUUGGCUGCUGCCGUUUGCUUUUUGCGGAUGACUAUAAAGAAUUUCGAGUAUGUGUUCGUUAUUCAAAACUCCGUCAUUAAUAGUAUUUGUUUGAUAUUGGUCACUUUUUUAACUUUAAUAUUCCUAAGAAUUAUACUUGUUUUGAUUAUUUUUAAAAUAGCAAAAAGAUCAGUUUCAAAACAUAAAAAAUAUGAAAAAGAUCUUAAAAAUAAAUAUUAUGAAAAUUCAAAUUCAAAUUCAAAUUCAAUGGAUAUACCCAAUGAAUCAUUAUCAACUCCAAUAACAACACCACCUCAUGAAUUAUCUACAUCAUCAUUAGAUUUAAAUUUUUUACCUGGUUCACCAAAUACUCAAACAUCAACAAUAAAUCCAAGUACAAGAAUUCAUCUAUAUGAUUUUUUUGAAAAAAUUCCACCAACUCCAGAAAUUCAAAGAAAUGAAAAAUUAAUUAAUAAAAAAAAAUCAAAUACAAAAUUAAUUGAUGAUGAUGAAAAUGAUUUAUCUAGUGUUAUGAGAUAUGAAAUGUCAAGUAAACGAAUUUGGUAA